AUGCUGGGUGGAUGCGUGUGGCAAGAGUGGAGUUUGUGGCUGUUAUGGAGAGAGGAAGUAGGGGAGCUUGAAGUAGUGAAGUCCUCUGAUCAGUAUAUCCACGCUAGAAUAGGAAGUAGAACAGAGGUGAUUAAUCUGAUUGUAGUGUAUGCUGCUCCUUCUCCAAAUCGUAGGAGUGGUCUCUGGGCUGCAUUGGAAGAUGUGAUACGUGAUGUUGUUGGCCCGGUGUUCGUUGGUGGGGAUUUCAACACGAUUAUGAGGUUAGACGAGAGGAGUGGUGGGAAUGGAAGAUUGUCUGAGGAUUCUUUAACAUUUGGUGACUGGAUUAAUAACAUGUCAUUGAUUGAUAUGAGUUUUAAUGGCAAUCAGUUUACAUGGAAGAGGGGUAAGACUGAGAAUAACUUCGUCGCAAAGAGAUUAGACAGAGUGCUAUGCUGUGCCCAAGCUAGACUGAAGUGGCAAGAAGCAAAAGUUUCACACCUACCCUUCUUGGCUUCAGAUCACGCCCCACUGUAUUUGCAGUUCACUCCAGAGGUAAAAGGGAAUGCGUACCGACGUCCAUUUCGCUUUGAGGCGGCAUGGCUUCAACAUAUUGAGUUUCAAGAAUUGAUAGGAGCUUCAUGGAACCGUGACAUUGAUACCAGAGAAGCUCUAACAAAGCUGGAAGUGACACUUAGGAAGUGGAACAAAGAGGUCUUCGGAAAUGUUCAACGAAGAAAGGAGGAGUUAGUAAUGGAGAUCAAAGAGAUACAAGAGAAGAUAGAACAUGAGCUUUCUGAUGAGUUGUUAGUGAAAGAAUGGAGCUUCUUAAGGAGUUUGAGAUAG